AUGUCGCAACAAAAGCAUCACAAAUACUUACAGAGUUCCAACGAGUCGAACAUGUCAGCCAAAUGUGCCUUGAUCUUUGCGCUUGCCGCACUUUGCUGCUUGCUGCUUGCCACAGAGGCAGCCAGUCCGCGUCGCGUCGCCGUGGCACGCAACACGAUCGUGCAAGCCGAUGAAGAUGACAGCAAGCUGCCCGCCUCCGUCGAUGAAGAGGGCGUGGUAGAUCAUCAACAAGAGCUGGAUUCGCUGGCCCACGCUGCUGCGCAGUUCAAUGCGGGCAGACAGAGUUCAGGCGUCUACAGCGAGGACGAUGCACGUGCCAGACGCGUCGUGCGUCGCUCUCGUCGUCGUGGCGGACGUCGUGGUGGCGCUCGACGUGGUGGACGUGGCGGUCGUGGCGGUCGUGGCCGUCGCUCUGGUCCGCGUCGUCGCAACUCGUUCAGAAGACGCAAUGGCGCUCGCAGAGGUUAG